UUCAAGGUUGCGAGUGAGACAGGCCAGGGAUAACCGCGACGCGUUUUAAAAACGACAUGCCAAUUGGUCGCGCUUCUUACACGCGUGUGUGUGUUUCUCUCGCGAUUCUUUAAAGGGAGAUUAUCAACAAUUACUUCGGUUAGCAUUUUAUAAAAUACUAAUAAGAAAAAGUACUUUGUAAUAAUUAGACCUUUGAGACUUCGUACGUUGAACUUUUCAUUUUAUCGACGUUGGGAAAACAUAGGCAUAGCCAGGUUGUAGCUUUUGUUAGAGCUCUCCAACUGCCUCUCUCAGAGGUCAUCUGCUGCCUGAGAAUGCUGCCAGCACUGCCAUGUUACCAAACGUCCAGACAGCGUGUGUGGCGCUGACGCGGCUGACUGGAGUCACAGCUCAUUGGAAUCGUCCUUGUUGGGCGCUUCGCUCCCUGUGUAGCCGGAUGUAUAGAGUUGAUUCUCAAUCCAUCGUAAAUGGAGUUACACCUGACACAGGUACCAAAUUCCAGGUGACUAGAUCUAUAGAAGACAUCCCCGGUCCGACUGGGCUCUUAUCUGUGCCUGUGAUUGGAUCUUUGUUCCUUUACCACCCUUUCACCAAACAUAGACCUGAGAAGUCUCACUUACUAUUUCUUGAGCUCUAUCAGAAGUAUGGCCCGAUUGUCAAAUUUCGUAGAGGUUGGAAGUGGAGUAUCCUUCUGUUUGACCCUGACCUCAUUGAGGAGAGCAUGGCACAUGAAGGUCCUUGUCCAUAUCGUCCCUCCCCUCCUCUGUAUGAUGCGUACAGUGCCAGGACUGGGAGAAAGAAAGGGAUCAGCCAAGUACAAGGAGAAGAGUGGCUGAGCAUGCGCAGACCAUUUCAGGAGUUUCUUCUACUUCCGGCCAACUACAACAUGUACAUUCCGGUGUUAGAUGAAGUCUCUACAGAUUUGCUCAAGGCCAUUCAGCAGACACGUAAGGAUGACGGCCAGGUGUGGGUGGAAAACCUCCUAUUUAGAUAUGCAAUAGAGUCCAGUGCUAUGUACUGCACCAACUCUAGACUACAUUUCCUGCAGAUUGACAAUGAAGACUCAAGUGGAACUUCACCAGACUCACUUUUAGAACUCACAAGAAAAGAGCGUGAUGAACUUCUUAUUCAAAUACGAAAGUUCAUGGCCUCAUUCGGUGAAGGCUACUACACGUUUCCUUGGUUUUAUUUCUUUGAAACCAAGCUGUACAAAGAUUUUGAAACUGCCUUGAAAUAUACAACAAAAGUCAUCCAUAAACGUUUAGCCCUAGUAAAGGAAGCUAUAAAGACUAAUGAAAAAAAGGUUAUGGAUCAGCUGAGCCAAAGACCAAAUUUACUUCAGGUGCUUUUAAGUGAUGGACGAUUGGAUUUUGAUACAACAGUGACCAUGUUGACCAGCUUCUUUACAGCUGCCACUGACAAUGUGUCAAGAAGUCUUGCCCUACUUGUGUGGCAAUUAGCCAAAAAUCAAUCUAAACAGGAAGCCCUUAGAGCAGAAAUAUUCUCUAAGAUAGAUGGCAAUCAAUCUAUAACUGCUGAGAAAUUAUCACAUAUGCCUUAUUUAAAAGCAUGUCUGAAAGAGAGCCACAGAAUAACUUUCCCAACACCUAUUGGUACAGUUCGUAUUAUGCCUGAAGACAUCAACUUAGCAGGAUAUAAUGUUCCAUCAGGGACAUUAAUCAGUUAUGGCUUCAACGUGCUUGGACACUGUGAUAAAUACUUUGAUGACCCUGAAGAGUUCCGGCCUGAGAGAUGGCUUAAGCAGGCCACUACAGAUGCAGAAAGAAGCCUUAAGCACAAGCAAGCAAUUAUCUCAAUGCCUUUUGGUUUUGGCAAACGUAACUGUGCAGGAAGACGUCUGGCAGAGCAACAGAUUUAUAUGGCGUUGAUUAAGAUAUUAAUGAACUAUAAAUUAGUUCUAGCAGACCCUGAAGAGAAACUGGAUGUUGUUUACAAGAUAACUGCUUUCCCAUCAAAGCCAUUAGACAUUAGGUUUAUGAAAUUAUAAAGUGAAAUAAUUCUUGCAAUGAAUGUAUUAUACCAUAGUGAUCUAUGUGCUAUUCCUGAGUAUAUGAAACAUUGCCUUUUACAAUUUUUAAAAAAGAAAACCAAAAAAUGCCUUGAAGUAGAUAUGUGCAUAAGUAUUUUACGCUACAUUGUUUAAAUUCUUUUAUUUGUUAGUAUAAAAAAACAAGAUGAUUUUAGCAUAUGUAAUAUUUUGUUGACAGUUUGGGCCUGAGAUUAAAUGUGCUUUUACAUAUAGAACUUCCUUUCGGUUCCUAUUCACCAGCCCUAGUAAAAAAACACUAACAUGCCCUUUAGCACUAAUCAGCAGUGAUUUGUAUAAUUACCUCUUCAUUGUAAUGUUCAUUUGAAAUGAAAACACCAACCGAAAUUUUGAUGUGUUCAAUGUGAAGAUAUCUUCCUGUUUUCCAUAACUUUACAUAGGGGUAGGGAAGGGAAAGUCAGACCUAAGCAGCUUGCAAGGCCCUGGGUCACAAAUAUUUUUAAAAUGAACUGAUGGUGAAAAAAGAUUUUCUUUUUUGCCGGACCCCUCCUAAGGCACAUGGUCUAGGGUGGUUGUCUGGCUCGCCAUCCCAUAAGUGUUGCUGCAUACAUAGUAUGGUAAUAGCUUUUUAAAACCUUAGAUUAGAUUACAGGUAUAUUAGGUGUGCAAUAAGAAAUGCUCAUUCUCUUUAUGAAAUGGUGAGACAAAUAUUGGAUGCUUAUUAAGAGACUUAUUCAGACAUUUGCAUACCGCUGUAGUUUUGAACCCAUAAAUGGCCAUUAGGUGACAACCACACCUCUCCAGUGACUUUGUUUUUGACAUAGCUGUAUUAUCUGCUUAGUUCCUUUUAUCCUAAGG